AUGUCGACCACAGAGACUGCCUCGCCUAUUGGCAUUGCCAAUCUCCCCAACCAGCGACACAAGAUUGUUGCAAAGCGGGGUGCGGCAUUCACAAUUAUGGUUGCCGGAGAGUCGGGAUUGGGAAAGACCACCUUCAUCAACACCUUGUUCUCUACCACCAUUAAGAACUAUGCCGACCACAAGCGCCGCCACCAGAAGCAGGUUGACCGCACCGUCGAGAUCGAGAUCACGAAGGCCGAGCUGGAGGAGAAAUUUUUCAAAGUCCGUUUGACUGUCAUCGACACCCCCGGCUUCGGCGACUAUGUCAACAACCGCGACUCGUGGCAGCCGAUUAUCGAGUUCCUGGAUGACCAGCACGAGUCUUAUAUGCUCCAGGAGCAGCAGCCCCGCCGUACCGAUAAGAUUGACAUGCGUGUGCAUGCCUGUUUGUAUUUCAUCAGACCCACCGGACACACCCUGAAGCCUCUCGAUAUCGAGGUGAUGAAGCGCCUGAGCUCUCGUGUUAAUUUGAUCCCUGUUGUUGCCAAGGCCGACACCCUCAGCCACGCCGACCUGGCCAAGUACAAGGAGCGCGAGGAUGACGAGCACGCCGCCACCCACGCCCGUAGCCUGAUGGCCGCCAUGCCUUUCGCCGUCAUUGGUUCCGAGAAGGACGUCAAGGCCAACGAUGGCCGUGUCGUGAAGGGCCGUCAGUACGCCUGGGGUGUUGCCGAGGUUGAGAACGAGGACCACUGCGAUUUCAAGAAGCUUCGCUCCAUCCUGAUCCGUACCCACAUGCUCGACCUCAUCCACACCACCGAGGAGUCACACUACGAGGCCUAUCGCGCCCAGCAGAUGGAAACCCGCAAGUUCGGCGAGGCCCGACCCCGCAAGCUGGACAACCCCAAGUUCAAGGAGGAAGAAGAGAACCUGCGCAAGCGCUUCACCGAGCAGGUCAAGGUGGAAGAGCAGCGCUUUCGCCAGUGGGAGCAGAAGCUUAUCUCCGAACGAGACAGACUCAACAAGGACCUCGAGGCCACUCAUGCCGCUAUCAAAUCCCUCGAGCAAGAGAUCGAAAGCCUUCAGGGCUCUGGCACUCGCAGCCACGGGAAGCAGUUCUGCAACAAACGCCAUGCGCUCGAGCAAAUUCCCGACACGGCAUCUUCACACCCUCAAAACACACAAUGGUCGGUCGCAUGCCCACCGUCUUCGCGGGGCCAGGAACUAACAGUUUCGUACGCGCCAGGCCCGAUCAAUGCAGUGACUUUUUCCAGUUCCCCCGGCACCUAUGUCCUCACAGGCUCCACGGACCGUGCUGUCCAUCUUUCGCGCGCGGUUCCUAGUAAUGCCGAAAACUCUACGAUAGCGAUAGAAACUUCCACCCCUAUCCAGCGCUACGAGGCUCACGGCUACGCGGUACUCGAUGUUGCAGUUGCCACAGACAACGCGCGCUUCGCCAGCGUAGGAGGCGACCGACAAGUCUUUCUAUGGGAUGUUGAACAAGGCAAUACUACCAGGCGAUGGAGUGGACACAACAGCAGGGUAGAGGCGGUCCAAUUUGCGGGCGAGGGAGACUCAGUUGUUGUUUCUGGUAGUGCAGAUACGACCAUCAAUCUCUGGGAUACUCGCUCGAAAGACUACAAGCCCAUCCAGACUCUCUCAGAAGCAACUGAUACGGUCUCAUGUCUGCAUGUGCACAUGUCCACCUACUCUAUUGCUAGCGGUAGCUACGACGGUCAUGUGCGCGUUUACGAUGUCCGCAUGGGUAAGACAACCGUGGACGUUCUCGCACAUCCGGUCACCAGCGUGCGGUGCUCUGCAGACGGCAAUGCACUGCUAGCUUCUACCCUUGACAGCCACAUUCGUAUGCUGGACCGCGCGGAUGGAAAACUCCUCGCAGCCUUUGCUGGAUCGCCCAAGAAACAUGACCAGUCUGAUCGGACUCUCCUCGGUUCACGGCCGCAACAUACCUAUCGGAAUUCCGAGCUUCGGGUUCGUUCUGUGUUUGCGCAGAACGACGCCAUUGUCCUGAGUGGCUCAGAAGCUGCCAAGGGCGACGGAUCAGAAGUCGGGGCUGCGGUUUUUGCGUGGGAUGUGCUCAGCAGAGAGGUUGUUGCGACAGUGCCUAUGGGGGGCCAAGUCAAAGCUGUCAGUAGCGUUGCAUGGAAUGAGAAAGGAAAUUGGGCUGCCGGAUGCUCAGAUGGUAAGAGGCUUCGCAAGAGAACAAUUUGA